AAGUUUAGUGGCACACAAGGCGAGACUAAUUGCAGCAGGGAGGGUGAAACUGUGUGGAGUAGGAGGUGUGUGAAACCUAUUGAAGGGGUGGAGUUGGAUACUAUAGCCUGUUUAACAACAGGUGAGGGAGAAGACGUUUAACACAACAAGAGUGAUCUUGUAGUAUUGGGAUGUAUACAGCCUGACGGGGCAUGCUUGUUUCUUAUAUGGCUUCCUUAUCAGAUCUCAGCUGUGCCAAUGGGACCUUGGUGACGCUCACCUGCCUCUCACGCCAAGUGGUCUGCCAGAUUCUGAAUGAAGCUGACCUGUCUAACUGUACUUACCAAAACCUGACCUUUGGUGCAAGCGUUGCAUCAAGCAAGACCAAUUCUGAAUUCCUUAUUGGCCUGGCACUUGCUGUGUUUUCUAGCUUUCUGAUUGGCGGCAGUGUCAUUCUGAAGAAAAAGGGGCUUUUGCAUCUAUCUGAGCAGGGCAGGACACGGGCAGGUGCUGGUGGACAUGGGUACCUGAAGGACUGGCUGUGGUGGGCUGGACUUUUAACAAUGGGAGGUGGAGAAGUUGCCAAUUUUGCUGCUUAUGCCUUUGCGCCGGCAACCAUUGUUACACCACUGGGGGCCCUCAGUGUGCUGAUCAGUGCUGUCAUGUCAUCUUAUUUGCUGGGGGAACACUUGAACCUCUUGGGAAAGUUGGGGUGUGCACUCAGUGUGUUGGGGAGCACUGUACUGGUGAUCCACUCCCCAGAAGAACAAGAGGUUACCACGGUGGAAGAUAUGACCUCCAAGCUUAAGGAUCCAGGUUUCCUUGUGUACAUCAGCAUUCUCUUCAUCUGUUGCCUGGUCCUCAUCUACUUUCUCUCACCUCGUUUUGGCCAAACGAACAUUUUAGUCUAUUUAGCGGUAUGCUCCCUGUUGGGUGCCUUCUCAGUGUCUUCUGUAAAAGGUCUAGGAAUAGCUGUGAAAGGACUUCUUACAGGCCUGCCAGUCUACCAGCAUCCUUUGCCAUGGAUACUCCUCCCUAUCCUCGUCAUAUCGGUUGUCACCCAGGUGAACUACCUCAACAAAUCAUUGGACACCUUUAAUACAUCUCUAGUCUUUCCAAUCUACUAUGUCUUAUUCACUACAGUGGUCAUUACAACAUCCUUAAUUUUGUUUAAGGAAUGGGUGUCCAUGUCGCCAUUUGAUGGUGUCGGUGCAGUGUGUGCCUUUCUCGUCAUCAUCUUGGGAGUCUUCAUGCUCCAUGCGUUCAAUACCUUGGACAUCAGCUUAAAGAGCCUUAGGCAACAGUUGCAAACCAUUGCACCUGUCACAGAGGAAACUAAAGACUCAAUCGCUGAAACCACCAAAGCGAAAACUAAGAAAGAAGACAAGAUUACUUUAAUAGACAACAUGGAGACUGAGAUCAGUGGUGGUAUUCCCAAAGUGUUUGUUAUUUACACUUAGUCUGGAUUCAUGAACUUUUUCCUCCACUGAGUAAUUUUGGUCUUAUGCUUUUGUGUACACAGUUAUUCAGCAGGCCACAAAACGUGGAGGGUUUAUAAAGCUCAUGCGCUCUUGUGUGUUAUGGGAAUAUAUGAUCCUUUGCCAGGUCUGAUCACUUUGUUUUUUAUAGACUUCUGAUGAUGAUCCCAUCCUGUAUAAUUUCAUGUAACUUGGCAGCAACUCAUAGCAGCCAGACAGAAUUCAACAUUCACUGAUCUGAUGUAAAUUGAAAUCGGUUACUAUACUUUGUAGAGGUGGUUGCACCUCCAACAAAAGUGUGUCGGCCCUUCAUUUUUGGAGGGGCCUUUCCUGAUAUGAGUCUUGGUGAUGACCAUGGACCAGGAAUGAGAGAAUGUUUGUCUUUGCCUUCAUCCCUGGACAGACAGAAAUGUAUAAUUAAUCUGAUGACCUUCGGUGUUGCAUGUAUGAAGAUCUAAUGAAGGAUUACUAAAGAAAAUUGGGUUGAGUCGCUUUAGUCAGAAUUACACUUUGGGGGUUAAUUACGAAAGGCAAAUCCACUUUGCACUACAAGUGCAAACUGCACUUGGAAGUGCAGUCGCUGUAGAUCCAAGGA